AAUUUAAUUUUCCGCUUUGUGAUUUCAGAGUGUCCCUGUAUGCACUCUGCAAAGGCUACAGAGGCUGUUUCCAAGACUACAGAAAAAAAAGAUGCUCCCAGGAGGGUGUCAGCUGUGCGGCGGAAAAAAGAACAGGAAGCUAUAAAGAAGACAGAUGAAAAGCCAAGAAGGCAAGUUCUUCCUAGAAUGCAGAUUCAGGAACCAAAAGUCAGAAGAAUCCGAAGAUUAGCUCCUCUUCUGAAAGCUAAGAUCAAAGCGGGGGCCAGGAUGUCAAAAAAAGUCAGUCCCUGCAGACCUGCUCCAGUUUACUGCCCUGCUCCCCCAGGAUGGUACGUUCAUCACAUUGUGACAGACAAUCCCUACCCUCCUCCGACCAUGUCAGCUCCUUCCGCUCCGAUUGUGACUGUUCAUCCUGCAGCUUCACCAUCACAGCCUCCAUAUCAGCAGCAGCCUCCUCCUCCAACAAUGCAGCCGUUCUAUGCUCACUAUCAACCAUAUCAGCCCCCAGUGCAGCCUAUGACGCCACCUCCUUCAGAACCUUCUCCACCUGAACAACAGGAGGAGCCAGAGGCUCCCCAACCUGAAGCGCUGGUGGAACCAGAGACACCGACUCCAUCUGCAGAGGCUCAAACGGCUGCAGCUGAAGUUCAUGGUGAGCAGGAAGGUGCACAGUUGAUGUCACUAUUAAAUCCAAAAAGGAUCACAAUUUUACACUAAAACUAAUAAUCUAAC